CUGCCCGACAUAACGAUCCCCAACACCGGGCGUUCAGACAUAUCCAAAACGUCCUCACCAUCGUCCACUUCAACUUCAGCCCCCAGCUCAACGCAAUCCGACGCAAGCUCGAAAUCUUCUCCCAGCGAAUCCUUGCAACCGGGUUCAUCGACCUCGAUACCCCAAGCAACCACAGCCACAUCAUCUCCUACUCCGACAAGCACAGAGCCGACAGACUCAUCGUCCUCGGGCCCUCGUCUCAACCUAGGCGCCAUCGUCGCCGGAAUCCUCGGCGGGCUCGCGCUGAUCUGCAUCACAAUCAUCCUCGUAAUCUACAUCGUCCGCAACAACCGGUCCGAAAAGAGCAACCGGCCGCCGAUAUCGCGACCGAGACCCCAAAAGCCCAAGUGGAGCUUCCUGGCCGUCUCCAAGAGAAACACAAAAGACUCGGACGUGUCUUCGGAAGACACCAUCACCCUGCACGAGACCCCGUACCCGGACCCCCCCGACAACAAAGCCCACCCGGAAGCAGGCUGGGGCCCCUCGGAAGCCUACGGCAGCGAAGUCGCGCCUCACCGCGGGCCCUGGGAGAUGCUCAACGAGGAGAGGUCCCACGAGAUGUCGGACCACAACCGGCCCGCCGAGCUACCCGACCACGCCUUCCUCGAAACCCUGCCCACCAUCCCCCAGGCCCCGACGAGACAGGACUCGUGGCGGCCGAACGACGACGGGGCCGCGUGGGGAGAUCUCCGAGCGCCGCCUCGUAUCAGGGAUCGACUGCGUUACGCCUCGCCGCAGACGGCGGCCGCCGAGGGCCUGUCUGGGAACGUGGCGGCUGCCAACUUCGCCGCGCCUGGAUGGGGCCGCAGGGACGAUCACACCAGAGCACCGGUGCCGUACGGUCAGUCUGCUGAUAUCAGGAGGCAAAAGACCUCGGCCGGCAGGCAGGAGAUGGCACAAGGCCCGGCGAUGAGUGACGAUGGGAUGAGGCAGGCGCAACAUAGAACAGGAGGUGGUAUACCAUCGGCAACGGCCAGCGUGUCUUCGCAUGGAUCACUGUAUACCAGCUCGCCGACUAAAUUCUGA